GUUUACAACUUGCUUGAGAGGCUUUUCUUUAAUAAGUGGUGGUGGAGUCUCGACGGGAUCCUAGUAGGCCACGACGGCUAUUCAAUCUGCUUCUGCAGACGUCGCUGCAUCGUCUCGUGCCAAACGAUCUGUGAUCAGAUCACUUGUCAAUAUUAGGAAAUCGAAAUAUCGUGACAACGACAACAACAACAACAAACACCCAAAAAUAUAUUAAAGACUUUUGGGUGGCCAAAAUCAUAGGAGUGACUCCGUCAGCUGUUCAUUGAUCAUCUGACUCGUGGUCUUCUACCACGGCUCUGGACGAUACAGCCCAAUUGACUGCCGGCACGAUCGAGCUCACGUGCGAUCAUGAGAAAAGAUAAGCGGUAUACGAGGGCAGAGUUGGAAUCAGUCAGGAGGGCAGAUUUACAAUCGCUCUACAAGACACACGGCCUCAAAGGUGCCAAUAAGACUACAAAUCUUCUCAUUGAUGACCUGUUGGAGCUAUUCGACACGCCAGCAUUCAUCUCCAGGACUACAUCGUCCACUGGUGGUACUUCUUCUUCUUCUUCAACAAUCGCGUCGAAACCCUCUUCCUCGAUCCCAUCACGUCUCUCCAAACCCAGUGCAGCCACCAAAAACGCGUCUUCACCACGAAAACACGGGCAUGGUCGACCUGCACCUUAUCCUCGGAAACUCAACACUAUCGAGACCCAGAUCCCUCCUGGCAAGGCACCCAUCAGAACACGAGAUGCUAAACCGAGGCGGUCAGACAAAUCUUCGGCCAAAGAAGUAGUCGACAAUGCUCCUCCCGUGUUGACCCUUGAAUCCCAUCGAGACCAGCGGGCGGACACUGCUGAGAUCCCGACCGAGGACGCGCCUAUGAUCGCUGGUCCAUCCAAAUCCAAAUCCCCUUCCCUUCCCCGGUCUCCACCAUACGAUAUCGCAGCGACGCUUUCUUCGCUUCAGGAUCGCCUGCAUCGUUUGGAAAUGCAAAACAACCACUUGAUGCAAUCGCUCGAUGCCAAGGACAAAAAACUUCAAAUCAAUCUCACGGCUGCUGAGCAGCGGUGGGAAGCUCGUCUCGCCUCCGAACGUGCAGAGUGGGAGCAAAGGUUCAUAAAGCUCGAGGAAACGCUGCAUAAUAUCGCCGGACCUUCUUCAGCCAGACGAGUUGUUUCGUUCGCCGAUCAUCAACAACGCGAUGGUGUACUGGGAAAACGUGGUUUAGAGGCAUCGUCUUCGUCUUCAACAAAGCGAUCGACAGCUGAUUCCAAACGACCACGGAUCGAUCCGCAUGGUGGACCCAACGGCUCAAGCGUCCACAUCCCAACGUUUGAGAGUGCGCCCACCGCUGACUCACCCGGGCCUCAUACACCGCCUCCUUCGCAUCAAGGGAUUCUACCUGACAUGUCGAAAACGCCGAUCGUGGGUCCAGAAUACUUUGCCAACGGUCCGCACCCGGAUUCCCGAUUGGAAGACCUGCCGUAUCCCAUCUUUGCAACUACGCCGAGACCGUCCGAACCACAAUCUCCCACGACCGACGCACCCCCUUCAGCAUCUCGCCAUCGAACAGCACUACCGUCUAAAGGCGUUCUCACUCCGGGACGCAGGCGUCCGACCGACGCUGCGCCCGUGUCGACAUCGCGAGCUGUCUCUGACGCUCAUAAGGAACUCUCGACGAUCACCGAGGAGAGCACCGAUGCGGUUAGACUCGGCAGAGUCCGCCAGUCAUCUGGUACGCCUGGUCCGCUGCUCGGUCCUGUCCUUCGAGGUGAAGGUCUGCCGGGCUCACCACGCCAAUUAUCAGCUUCGCCUUCUAUUCCCGGUGACAGAGAAGGCUUCAGCUAUACUCCUUUCCCACCCGUUCCAAAAAGUUCGUCGCGCGGAUCUCGCGUGGUCGAGUCGAAGCGUCCUACUACUCCUCCAAGACAGGUGAUUCACUCCAAAGGAAACUCAUCAUCCCCCGCUCAAGAUUACAUGGAAGUCGCUCUUCAAACUAAUGAUCCAGCUCUCAAGGCUUCUCAUAUAGGUCCGGAUAUAUCACCCUCAGCAUACGCAACGCCUUCGCAUCGGACCAUGCUCGGUACAGAGACGUAUAGGGACACGCGGUUCGGUGAUGUUCCUGUAAUGAGUUGGGGAACACCUUCUGUGGAUUUGGGGACGGGCACCCCAAGGACAAGUUUGGGUCGAUCGGCUGCGCCGUGAGACUGCGGCGCUCACGAGGUGGUGACAGGUUUCGUCUCGCUGAAAGCCUAGGAGCCAAGGAAUGGAGUGACAUGCUUGUUUAUUGCUCAGAGCCAUGCGCAGAGCCACUUUUGAUACCUGUCCAUGAUCUUGUAGCACACACCUAGCCUGUUGAUGAUGAAUUACACUCCUUUUCUUGCA